AUGUGCCACAGCGAGGGCAGCGAUCUGCGGGAUAGCCUGCGGCUGGCCGGCAUCAAAGGACUGCAGGGCGUCAUACGGAAGACAGUGUCCGAUGAUCUGGUCGAGAACAUCUGGGCGGCACAGCACAUGGAGAAGAUUGUGCCCUCGCUACUGUUCAAUAUGCAGACCAGCAUCUGUGCGAUCUGGCGACCUCACGCCCGUCGAAGAUGCCACCAAUGUGACGCCACCAGCCACCAGGAAGUGCUGCGGGAGCUGGUCGGACGAGCCUCGUUCGGACAAAUUCGGAGCGUGCUCAAGCCGCUGUUGACACACCUCGAUCGGCAUGAACUGUGGGUGCCCAACACCUUUGCCAUUCACACGUUCCGCAUUGUGAUGAUAUCGAUCCAGCCGCAGUACUCGUACACUGUGGUGGAGACUCUGAUGCAGCACCUGGACAGCAACUUCAAGUCCUCGCCCAAGACGCGCACCUCCCUGGCGGUGGUGCUGUCGAAGAUCAUUGCCAUUGCGGCUGGCGAGAGUGUGGGACCCUCGGCCCUGGACAUCAUCAACAAUCUGCUGACCCACUUGCGCACCAGCGUGAGCACCACCAGCGAGAUCACCGCUGAGGAGUCGCAGUACCAGGAGGCGCUUAUAAAUGCAUUGGGCGAGUUUGCCAACCAUCAUCCCGACUACCAGAAGAUCGAGAUAAUGCUGUUCAUCAUGAACACGGUGCCGGACCCCUCCAAGAAGAGCAAGGGCGACCAGAUGCUACAGAACAUUCUGCUCAAGUCGCUGCUCAAGGUCGGCACCCAGUACAGCACGGUGUCCUUCGAGAAGGCCUUCCCCGCCUCGUUCCUGCAGCCGCUUCUGAAGAUGGCCCGCGCCCCCCACGAUCCUACACAUCUGAUUGUCAUGCAGAUCUUCCAGGCCCUCUUAGAUCGCCACCAGAACGAUCAGGUGCUCAGUAGUAUCAGUGUCAAGCAAUAUCCGGCCCUUUCCCAGGAACCGCCCUCGCGCUCUGACAUCAUUUUCACGAACAAGCAUGGAGCACACAUUAUGCAGGCGCUCAUCGAUAGCAUGGCGCUUUCGGACCGCGUCGACGCACUGUCCGCGAGCUACAACACCGCCGCCCUGCUCAUCGUGGAGAUGUCCAGCAGCGAGACAGUGCAGGAGUUCCUGUUGUUCAUCCUCGGCAUUCAGGAGGUGGCCAACACAGUGGAGACCUUGGGAGCCGUGCACAAGUGCAAUUUGCACGCCAUAUCCAUUGCAUUGCUGGUGCUCAUCUCGCGAGUUAGUGGAAUCAACAAUCUGCUGGAGUAUGCCCAGAAGAUUGUCGAUGCGCGACGCGAGGAGGCCACCUACUUUCUUCCGCCGCUGCUGGAGUUCAAGAAGGUCGCAACGAAGAGCCUGAAUCUGUCGCUUCCACACCUGGCAAUCGACAAGUUGGCGCUGGGCGAGUGUCUGCAAAAUGCUGGUAUGGAUGCCCAACGUCUCAAUACAGGGGCUCCCUAUACGCUCAUCCAGACGGACAAUCCCGGCCAUCGCCAUUCCUGGGUGGAGUCGGUGAGCUCCCACUUGACGCAGCGCAACAGCUCGGCGGAUCUGACGGUCUACAAGGGGGAUGUGAACAGUGUGAACAGCUCGCCUGGCCAGUGCAAGAAGAUACUGGCGCCCGAGUUCAAUUUCGACGCGAUGAAUCGGGCCCUGGCCGAGCCAACGAAGGCCGCCAAGCGGGAGCAGCGCGAGCGGCAAAUGCAGAUCGUACGCACCUUCCGCGAGGGCGAGUUCGAUGAUCUUGUGAGACGCACAGAACCGAAGCACGAUCUCAUCCAAAACCGCCUCAACGAGCUGUUCAACUUUCUGGCUGUGGAGCGUCAGAUAACGCAAAGCGAUAGCAAGGUGGCCCAGCUGCAGGACAGCAACGAGAAGCCCAUCUACGAGACAAACUUUCCAGAAUUAUUCUAUUACUAAUCUGUAUUACUGUGAACCGCCUCCAGCAAAACGAAUGUUCUGUACUCAAUUUAUGCAUAUGAUGGUAGCUAUGAAAGCGAAUUGGUUUGGUGUCAGUAGAUAAAUUUAAUUAAAUUUCCCGUUGUUAAAUGAAAACAAUUCAAUUGUCCCCCAAA